AUGGAAGUCGGUGUGAGACGAUUGUUGGAGGGUUUUGCUUUGACACUUACGGGGAUUAAAAGGUACAGAUUUUAACACGGUUAAUUCUCUAACGCUGCCAGAAAGGUUUUUUUUUAAAACCCUUCAGAGUGGGUGGAAACCAUGAGUACUUAGGCGGAGAGGGCGGCAGAGCUCGAACGUUUUGAUUUGAUGGUCAAACUUUACAAGACUUACGGGACUUUUAUUGAGUUACUUUUUACUAUCGGAGAAUUUCAGUCGUGGCCAAAGGAGGAUUCAGACAAUUUUUCCGAACUUUCUGGUUGGUUUCUACUGUCCGAUAUUGUAGCACGCUAACUUUGUUUGGGAGCAGCAUCUGCCUCACAACCAAUCAGGUUAGAGGAGGUGGAGAACGGCUUUGUUUACGGUCAGAAAGAGCGGACUGCUCAAAAUGUUCAAAUGUUGAUGACACAGACAUAAGAGAACACAGAGAUAUCGUUAUAUUACCAAAUGUCAUCAAUAACUAAUAACUAUUGACUGAUAUUAAAAGCUGUUUUGUAAAUACACCAUAAAAAAAGAUGCUUCUUUAACAGAUUCCUCACCUUUAAAUCCUUGUGUGCUGAAUCUCGUUUUCCCUCCUUUUUUUGAAAUUGCUCGUUAGUGUCACCUGUGUCUCGUCUCUCACACCUGUUGCUCGUUUUCUCUUUCUCUCCCUCCAGGUCGGUUCAUCGUCUUCGUCCGACUUCCUCUCCAGUGGUCCACAGUUCUCCCAGAGUCGUCCUAAGUUUCAUGUUUGGAUUUCUCUUGAACGUUUUGGUGAGUUUUUUGCUUUUCGUUUAUCAAAAUUUUCGUCUCCUUUUCUUUUUAUUUGAACGGUCAGUAUGGAGAGCAAAAGCAGGCUGAAUACAAUCUACAGUAACAGUAUCCUGACUUUAAUGAGUGGAUCAAAAACAGUCUAAAAGUGAUGAAAAAGACCUGACAAAACUCGACUUUUUACUUUUACAAAUCGGCAUCAUAUCUCAGUUUUUUUGGCAAACCUUAGACUUGAUUAUUUCAGAAAAAUCUGAUUUAUUUCAGGUUAAUUCUCUUGAAUUAAGCCAAAUUGAAGCCUCUGUUUAACUUUUUACAGUGAAGCUGAGACCUGCAAGGAACAGAUGAAAACAAAUGUUUGUUUGCGUUAAUUUUUCUUGCUUUUUGGUUUUUAAACGAGCGUCAGAAAGAAGUAAUUUAUCGCUAAACUGUAAAUAUUUGUGUCCAGGAGUUAAAUGAACCCCCUUUAACUCAACCUGAACUUUUUAUUCUUGAACUUCAUUGGUUUAAAAAAAGAACAAACCCCCCAAAAAUGAGAGGAUGAUUUAAUGACGGAGAACGAGUAAUAAACGAACGUAAUAAUGAUGAAAGUAAAAGAAGAGAAAAUGUGAAGGAUGAGUCCAUAAAGUGAUUAAAAGACAGAAACACCGAAAUUAAACGUCUGACCUUAAAUUUAUAUUGAAAAAUCCAGGAUUAAGAGAAGUGUGUGUGUGUGUGUGUGUGUGUGUGUGUGUGUGUGUGUGUGUGUGUGUGUGAAGGCGGUGUUAAAAGGAUUGGAGGAGAUCUCAUUAUUACAGUGGAAGGCUUUAAUCAGAGUUGGAGAUGGUGUUUUUACACUUGGUUAGCUCUCCGGCUCUCAUCUUACAAAUUAGACGUUCGCUAAAAGACACCGACGCUCCUAAUGCGCUCGUCUUCACCUUCGUCCGCUCAUCCUCCACUCCUCUCACUCCUCUCACUUUCAUCCCUUUAUUUCAUCUAGUCUGUGUUUUACUUUGUGUACUUUAUUAGUUGUUUUCAGUUCAGUUUUUCUUUCUUUCUUUUUAUGAUUUUUUUCUUUUAUCCUUUUUUAUUUUGUUUUUUUCUUUUUCCUUUCUUUUUUAUAGUUUGUCUUAAUUUGAAAGAAAAGCAGGAAAGAGGGCAAAGGGAGGAAUGAAGUAAAGGGUCACAGCUGAGAAUCAAACCACCAACCUCUGCAACAAGGACUGUAGAGGGCGCUCACACUUCUGUCUUCUGUCCAUUUUCUUUCUUUUCUUUCUUUCUUUCUUUCUUUCUUUCUUUCUUUCCUGUCUCUUCCUCAUCCACCUUUCUUUUCUUUUGCUUUUCUUUUUUCUCAUUUCUUCUCUUUCUUAGUCUUUUUAAUUGAAAUUUUCAUUUUUCUGAAUUUUUUUCUUUUUUCUGUCCUUCCUUCCUUCCUUCCUUCAUUCUUUCUUAGUCUUUUUAACUUCUUUCUUAUUUUCCUUUCUUUCAUUUUCUCUGUUCUUUCUCCUUCAUUUUACACUUUUGUUCUCAUGAAUUUUCUUUUUCCUUUCUUUCUGUCCUUCAUUUCCUUCUUCAUUCUUUCCUAUUAUUUUCUUAUUGUCUUUUAACUUCUUUUUUCUUUUUCUUUCUGUUUCCUUUUUCCUCUUCCUUAUUUCUAAUUUUUUUUGUCUUGUCGUUUUUCUUUUUCUUUCUUCUCUGUUUUUUCUUCUUUUCUUCUUUAACAUUUCCCCUGUUAUUGUCCCUGUUUUUGAUAUAUAUAUAAACUGAAUUUCUAUUUAAUUCUUUUUUUAAAGUUUUUUUUUAUUUUUUUAUUUUCCAAUCACUCUCCAGUCACUCUCUACAAUUACUGGGUCGUUUUGUUGAAUUGUAUGUUGAAUUUUUUUAACAUACUUUCUAUUCAUUCUUAUUCUUAUUAUUAAUAAUCAAUCAUUAUCAAUCUCUUUUUUUAUUCCAUUUUUUUCUCUUUUUCUUUGUUUGAAUCCCUCACAGUUUUUCCUUUAAACAGGAAGUUGAUGGACAAAUCUGCUCAUGACUUUAUUUUUUAUUUCAGUUUUUUGGUAAAUUUGCUGGAUUCUUCCUUGGCAAUAAAAAGUAAAUACUAAAAAAUAUGAAUUUAUAUUUUUGCUCUUUUUUUGAUAAAUUUCUUUUUCACUUUAGUUACGGAAACACGCUUUUUUCCGUUAUAGUUUAAAUUCUGAUGAAGGCUUGGCGUGUUUGUCUCUCCGUCUCGCUCUGUCACUCCUCUGCUGUCAGCUGUGUGUGUGUGUGUGUGUGUGUGUGUGUGUGUGUGUAAAGCUGGCCUGCACAUGAUGGCACAGGUGUGUGUGUCAUUUUCCAUCAGGAUGUUUCUGGAUUGAAGCUGUGUGCCGUAAACGGUGUGAGUGUGGAGUGAGUGUUUUUUUGUUCCCUCUUCUGUCCUGAUUCACGUCCUUUAAAAACACAAACUUUUCAACCUUUUUUUAUUUUUUAUUCAUUCUCAUUUCUAUCCUCUCUUCUAUCCUUCUUUACCUCCAUUACUCUACCUUUCUCUCUUUUUAUUUGAGUCAGAAGGUGCGACCGACCAACCAACCAACCAACCAACCAACCGGUGUUUCAAGUGAAGGAAUUCCCCUGAUCUUUCCUUCCGUUCCUCCCUCCGUCCAUGUCUAAUCAUUUACACACACACACACACACACACACACACACACACACACACACACACACACACACACUCUUUCCAGGACUGGUUAGAUUGGAUGAGUGGAGGAAAAUCCGUCAGAGUGAGUGAGGAGGUGGAAUAUAUGAGCCGUGGCGGCUCUUUAAAGACGAAAACUUUCCCUCCAGUUUGAAAUUGUCCGUUUGUCUGUUUGACAUCCAUCAUCCGUCUCAUCUGGACGCACCUCUAACUUUGCCCCGUGGCGUUUAAACUUUUCAAAACCAUUGAAAAUGUUUUGGUAGUGAAAGAACUUGAUUUCUAUGUCGUGAAUAAAUAAGUCUGAAAUUUUCUCUACUGACCAGUCCAAAGAAAACAAUGGAGUUAAAUCAAACUGAUCAGACUUAUAACAAAAAAUCUGGAUGGUAUUUCUGAGCCAAAACAAACACAAAGUGUUCAAAGAAUGUACUUCCUCAAGUGGCCACUAGAGGCUCGCUCCAAAAGCGAGUCAACCACCAUAAGGUCCCUUUUUAAAUGACGUUAAAACAGAAGUAAACACUUUUUUCUUUUUACUUUCCCUUCGCCGAGUUGAGAUUACUAAAAUAAGGGUUAAGAUUAUGUGAAAUUAUGGGCGUGGUCAAUUCAAGGGGUGGGCGUGACUUGCUAAUCUGCAGAGUUUUAAAAAUUUUUAAAAAAUUUUAAAAAUGUAGGGUUUGAAUGGAUUAAAUAAAAGCAGCAGUUUUUCAAGUGGCCACUAGGGGCUUGGUCUGAAAGAUAGUUAACCUCCAUUAAACUCAAUAUUAAACAUUUUUACAACCCAGUACAGUAAAUUUUUUAAAUCCUUGACAUAAACACAUGGUGUAAACUUUUAUUUAACUCUUGUAUUUCUUAAAAAUUUUGUUUUAUUCCAGUUUUUUUUAAUUUAACUUUAUAAAUAAACUGAAUUUAAUUGAUAGCUUUUACCCUCCACUGGCUCCGUCACAGCUUCGGCAAACCCCUUAUUUAUAGUCGCCAAAAAUAAAAAUAAAUAAGAAACAAAUCAAGAUUAAAAUUUCCAAAAAGUUAAAUUCAACAUUCUAAACAGGCUGUUUUUAUGUUUAUUAUUAUUAUUGCAAACAAUUACCGGAAAUGUAAUAAAUAUUCUAGAGAAAAUUAGAGGCUCUUGCAUAAUCCGAUUAAUCCAUCUUCAUGAACUUUUCAGUGUUUAACUUUCAAACUAGGGUUUGAAAGGAUUAAAUAAGAGCAGCAGUUCUUCAAGUGGCCACUAGGGGCUUGGCCGAAAGAGAGUUAACCUCCAUUAAAUUCAAUAAUAAUCAUUUUUACAACCCGGUAUAGUAAUUUUUUUCAUCUUUUAUUAAUCAGUUACAUUUGUAUAUGGCAUAAACUUUUAUUUAAGUCUGUUAUUUCUUUAGUUUUGUUUUUAUUUAUUCAACUUUAUUAAUAAAGUGACUUUAGUCGAUGGCUUUUACCCUCUACUUUACCCCUAAUUUAUGGUCGCCAAAAAUAAAAAUAAAAUAAAGUCCAAAAAGUUAAAUUCAACAUUUUAUACUGGCUGUUCAAAACCAAAGACAUGAUCCUGUUUUUUAUGUUUAUUAUUAUUUUUGCAAACAAAAAGUGGAUUAACUGCAAUAAAAUAAAUAUUCAAGAGGAAAUCAGAAUCUUUGGCGGUUUAUCGACAGAAACGUUAGAGAACUUAACCGCUAACGACAGCCGAGCGCAGAAUCCGAUUAGACUCAGAAUUUAAAUGAACUUUUCCGUGUUUAGCUUGGUUCAGCACGGUGUCACUUUCGCUUCUGCGUCGGUUAUUAAAGAUGCAAAGUGUGUGUUCGUCUCUGCUUUUUUUACCAGGCAUCUUAAUGACGCCGCUGCUGAAUCGGCAAAAAACAGUGAAGAGAGGGUGAGAGAUGGAGAAGAGGACGCGUGAUGGAGAGAAUAGAGGGACGAUUUAAGAGAAAAACACGUGAAGAUUAAAAUAAAAAAGAGAGAAACGAACAAAGAGACUGAAAAAUGACGAGAAAGAGAGAGAGAGAGAGGUUAGAGUCUACGGUUAAAUUUAUUUUGGUUUUUGCUGCAAAAUCGCACCUUUCAUGCCCGUGUGAGUGUGUGUUUUUUUCAUAUGCCUCAUGUCUGCGUGUGUGUGAGUGUGUGUGUGUGUGUGUGUGUGUAAACAAUAGAGUUGAUUAGGCGUUGCGUGGCGGUGACAGCGCUGAGCGGAGAUGAUUAAUGAUUCUCUGUUUAAUGUGAUUAGUCCAUUAAUACCUCCUGUGAUGGCUCCGACCGGCUAACACUGGGGAAAGGUCAGCACUCAUUCACACACACACACACACUCACACACUCACGCACUCGUGCACGUACGCUAAAACGCGUGCACGCACUCACACACGCAGGGGUGUAAUGCAUCAUUAAGGAGGUCAGAGAAAAGAGUGCGGCUGUAGUUUCCAGUUAAAGAGUUUAAGAGAUUUUGUCGCACACCUUUAAACAUGACGGUGAAAAUCACGGAUUUAGACUCUGAGUCUGUUUACGGCUGAAAUGAGGAAAUAUAACCACUGUUAAUCAAUAAAAAAAUAUUGAUUAUUGGUUUCUGAAAACGAUCAGCGUGGGAAGAUAAGUGACGUGUUUUUUUGACCUGACCUAAACGAUCUGAGAAGCAGUUGGAAAAACCGAUCGUCCCACCCCCCUCACGCACAAACCUCUCCCCUCUGUGCUCCACCAUAACUCCCCCCCAAACCUGAAUCGCCCUCGCCACGACACACCCCCUCUGGCAGAGCGAGUAGUCAGCCGGCAGAAGAUCCUACGCUAGCUUCAACAUGUCGGAUUGUUAGUGACUAGCGGCGGUGUUGUUGUGUCGUUCGUGAAUGUUUUGUCGGAAUCACUCCAAGACCUGAUUCGUUCCUUUCUCAGUUCAGUUGAGUUCAGCCGCGAGCAGUAGGGCGGAGUCUCGUGAUUCACUCUGUCUGUGAACGACAUGGUGAACGAAACGAACGACUCCCGAAUGACUUUAUUCAGGCAGAGGAGGGAGGGGUGUAUCGUCGAUCACGAACUGCCGAGCAGCGGUUCGUUCCCUGAGGCGAAGAUAAAACAUCGAGGUUCAUAAUGAUUACCAAUCUCUCUAAUCGUCAACCAUGACUUUAAUCAAGGGUAUUUUCACACCUGAAAGUCCGAACCAAGGUCCGUGUUUUUGUUUGUUUAGGUUUCACACUCUCAUUAACGGACUUUACCUGACGAACCUACAUGAUAUCGUCAUCAACUUUGUGAUUUGCGUGUCUCUGUAGUUUACGUUGAUUGGUCAUUCGGUCGGCGGGCGUCCGACGUCAACACGUUGAAAGCGCGAGUCUUGAAUGAACAUGGAUAGAAUCGUUGUUCCCACCAUCGUACUAUUUUUGUUUCUCUACCUCCAACAGCGACAACUUGAAGAACUGUUCAUGAGUCUGGUCCGAGGAAGACUCGUGAAUUUGAUCAUUAGACGACAACUUUGCAAGUAUGCAAUCUUGCAAGUCACUGCAACACUGACUCGGGAGAAAAGAUAAGUCAGUAGUGAGGUAUAACUUUGUCGACAAAAUUAUAAAAUUUUGCGUUAUCUCCGUUCAACAUAAUUACGGACACUUCUACUCCUCGCAUCAUUUCCUGUCUUUGGCACGAACCUUUCAAAAUAACACUCUCACACCGGGCAUGAACCAAACCAUGGCUCGGUUUGGUCCAAACCAAGACCACCUCUUUGGGUCAGACCAAGAUCCGUCCGUUUGUUCCGAACCAAGGGCCUGGAGAGGUCUGGACCAAACGACGUUGGUGUGAAAGUCCUCUGAGAUUUCCCCAAGAAGUCGUGAUUCUAAAGCAGAAUAAAAAUGCAAAAUGAGACACAAAACAAGAACAAAUCUGAAGAACGUUUUGGUUUUUUUACACUUUAACGCCAUCAAAGCUUUAUGAUUUGUGAGUUUGACCCAUUGAGAAAGAAGAGCUUCUAUCAUCAGCACCUGUAUAUGAGCACUGUCAGGAUUAGAGUGCAGCUCUGUGCAGCAGAGAGUGAAGCUGCAAAACAAGAGCAAACUGCAGGACGAUACGAUUUAUGAGUUUGACUUCUAGAUAGAACUGAUUAUGAGAGUCACCAUAGCGUCAGAUCUAGGAAUAAUCGGCGUUUCGGACCCGUUUGGUUUCAAAGUCGUACUUUAUACCGUCCCGAACCCUCGAACCAAAACUUGAACCUACUUCCCUGUUGCCUUCGCCCAUUUCAUAACAGCUGGAGUGUUUCUGAAUUCUUCCACUUACACUCAGGUGUAGCUCCAGCUUUCAGUCAACCCCUGGCGAACAUAAGUGUGUGUGUGUGUGUGUGUGUGUGUGUGUGUGUGUGUGUGUGUGUGUGUGUUGGAGACGGAGAGAGAUUCCCCUCCGUUAAAAAAUCCGAUUGUUCUCCGUCUCUGGCGGCGUUCAGGAGGAAACUCUGCCGCUGCGCCAGUUUAUCUCCACAGAGAUCGCUCUGUUUAUCACUAAAGACACACCCAGACUGAAGAUUUGUCGGGUUUGUUAUCGUGUGUGUGUGUUUGUGUGUUUAUAGCUAAUGCAUCGAACACUCAGCUGAUCAAUAGUUAAGGUUGUAUUUGUCCGUGUGUGUGAGUGAGAAGAGAGAAAGUGUGUGUGAAUGAGUGUUAAUCUAACCAGUAUAGUUAAUAUGUUGUUCUCAUACUCUAUUAGCCACUCCUGACAGCUGAUGAUUGAUCUUCUCAUCAUUUCUCCCUCCUACACCCUGCGGUGAGUGUGUGUGUGUGUGUGUGUGUGUGUGUGUGUGUUAAAGAGAGGGAAAAAAAGAGUGUGUGUUUGAAGUAGAGAGAUCUUGCGCAGGUUUGCAGUGAUGGCUCCUGUGUUUGUUUUAAUAUCUGCAGCAGGUCUGAGCGCUGAUUUUAUUCUGCAGUGAGUCACUUUCUUUCAUGAAGAAGUCAGGUGUGUGUUUGUGUGUCGCAGUUUCACGCAAAGUAAAGACGAAAACGCAAAAGGAUGUUAAAUAGACUGUGAAAAUCUAAAUUCAUCUUUUAGUAAAAUUCGCAGGAGCAGCAGGGCGUCGAAAAGUAAAACUUUGAUAAACUUCCUCCAUGUUUUGACCUUCUUAAUGACAGAUUAUAUCCACUCUGUUUUUUUUUAAAUCAUCAGCUUUUAUUUUGAAAAUUUCAACACCUCCUUUUUCCUGUCUGACCAAAGUGAGAUGAUAAAAAGUACAGGAAAAAUCUAAAAAUACGGCUCUUAAGGUUAAAAACAGAAAAAAAGUGUUUUAUUUCAGCUCACCAACUCACUUUUCAUAACUUCAAAAUAAAAGCAUGGUUCCACUUAAGAGGAAAUAAAGUUACCCUAGUGCAGAUUCCAAAAUAAAAGAAUGGUUCAACUUUAAAAAAAAUAAAGAAACCUAAUGUAAAUUUCAAAAUAAAAGCAUGGCUCAACUUUAAAAAAAUAAAGAAACCUAAUGCAAAUUUCAAAAUAAAAGCAUGGUUCCACUUUAGAGGAAAUAAAGUUACCCUAGUGCAGAUUCCAAAAUAAAAGAAUGGUUCAACUUUUAAAAAAAUAAAGAAACCUAAUGUAAAUUUCAAAAUAAAAGCAUGAUUUGACUUUAAAGAAAGUAAAGUAACCUGGUGUAAAUUUCAAAAUAAAAGCAUGGUUCGACUUAAAAGGAAAUGAAUCUACCCGGUGCAAGUAUCAAAAUAAAAGUAUGGUUUGACUUUAAAGGAAAUAAAGUAACCUGAUAAAAAAUAUCAAAAUAAAAGCAUGUUUUUACUUCAAAAGGAAAUAAAGUGACCUGAUGCAACUAUCAAAAUAAAAACAUGCUUUGCCUGUAAAGGAAAUGAAGUGGCUUAAUGCAAAUAUCAAAAUAAAAGGAUGGUUUGACUUUAAGGGAAAAAAACUAACACAAAUAUCAAAAUAAAAGCUUGGUUCAGCUUUAAAGGAAAUCAAGUAAACUGAUAAAAAAAAAUAUCAAAAUAAAAGCAUGUUUUUACUCCAAAAGAAAAUAAAGUAACCUGAUGCAAAUAUCAAAAUAAAAACAGGUUUUGAAUUUUAGGAAAUAAAGUAACCUGAUAAAAAAUAUGAAAAUAAAGGCAUGUUUCGACCUUAAAGGAAGUAAAGUAAACUGAUGCAAACUUCAAAAUAAAAGCAUUGUCCAACUGUAAAGGAAAUAAACUAACCUGAAUGUAAAUAUCAGAAUAAAAGCCUGUCAGCUGAAGACACUGAGUUGAGUAAAACAAACCGCAGUCUUAAUCUGCUGCUCCUCCUCUUUAAAGCCUCACCUGCUGCUGCUUUAACCUUCCUCCCGCCAUGUUUUAUGGCGCUUACCUUCGCCGAGGCCUUGCAGGGUCUCGGGGGGAAGCCUUGGCAGCCUCGCUCAGCCACUAACUCACUCCAACGCUUCAACCGCACAAUAAGGACUCAAUUAUUCCCCACCUUUGUUGGCGCUCCGAGAAAACCCCCUGCGCCUCCGGAGUCGUUGCCACGUUGAACCCCGGCGAAGUUUCGCCGCCAUAAAAGCGCCGCUCCUCAUCGCCUCCUUUUAAAUCCGACAGCUUAAAAAAAAAACUCCUUCAAAGCAGAUCAAUCACCGCGGCUUGACUGGGAAAUUAGAGCGGAAACGCCUCGCGCGUCCGCUCUUUCAAGUCUGCGACGAUGCAAAGUUUUUGGGCUAACGAAGCCGUUAUCUAUAUGAGAAAAGUUAAGCUAUACGUCGAAACGCAUAUCUGAGGCGAUCGCAAUUUCAAAGAGGCACUGGCGCUUAUCCAAUCACACAGCAGCCGGUCUCCCCCCCUUCCUUCCUUCCUCCCUCCCGCUCCCUCUCCUUGGUUUUUUAAUUUUAUCUUUACCUCUCACACGUUCCCUCGAUCCCGCUCCCCUCCUCGUCUUCUCCGUCUUCUGUUUCGGCGCCGUUUUCUCUGAAUUACAUCCAUGUUUAGCUAUCACUCCCCUUCAAAUCUCUCCCUCUCUCUCUUUAUCUCCCCUAAAGAGUGUUGAUCCCUUCCUCGCUCUAGCACACACACACACACACACACUUACACACACACAUGCAUUUUAAUUAAUACAUAGAUUCAAAUUGCGAUGCCUGUGUGGUGAAGUGAUAUACACCCCCGCUGGUUAAAAGUCUUUUUUAUUGCUUAAUCAAUGUUGAAAUUAAUAUGAUUUAACUCCCGACCCCUCGUUACACACACACACACACAUAUAAACACACACACGUCUGCUGGGUUAUUAAUUAUAACACUAAUUAACCUACAACUAAUGAUUUGGCCUCGGUGUGAGUGUGAGUGUGUGAAAGAGACAGAGAAAUUAUGUGAGCGCCCGCCUCUAAGUGUGUGUGUGUGUGUGUGUGUGUAAAUAUAUGUUAAUUUGAUUCCCAGAUAUGAUGGAUUAUAGGAGCUUACGAUAACGACAGUGAAACUUCUCUUCAAAGCUGCGGGUUCGUUUCCAUAAUUCCGUUUGGCACUCGGAUCAAUAAAGUUUCCCAGAGUCGAAUUUAAAAACCCGAGCGCUCGUCCAAAUGCUUCCACUCUUCCCGUGCCAUUUCCACCCACCCCACCCUCGUCGUCCCCAUUGAGCGUUAUUUUUUUAUUUAUAUUUCGAAGGGGAAUGAAAACCGCAGCGCCACCUGGGAACCCUGAGCACCCCACCUCUCCGAAAACUACAACCGGCUUUGGUUUUGAUUCCGUCCGAUUGAAGGUAUUUCUCACUCUGAUUUUCCCGUUUCAUGUUCACUUCUUAACCGCCCCUUGAUUGACUCUUUUCCCAGCGCACUGUUUUCUACCGCGGCGCAGCGGUCGGGUGCUCGCUCAAGUGCGUUUCAAUCGUAGUUUCUUCAAACGGCUUUUCAUCAAAUACUCGGUUUUUUGACAUUUUUUGGAGGGUGGGAAGAGUUCUCCUGCUGUGAUUUGAACCAGCAACACUUGAAUGAUAAGUUCAGAGAGGGUUUAUUUUUACCUGAAUCACAGAUACGGUGUUUGUGUGAACUGACGUGUGUUGUGGAGUUAUUGUUCUGAUUGAGGAUGUGUGAAAAACUAUUAUUACUUUGACAGGAAAGGUGGAGGGUUAAUCAGAAUUAAGGUGGUACUUUUAUGGUUUUCUGUGGUUAAACUCUCAAUUUAAGAAAGUGAACGGAUUCUGCUCUGUGUUGCCAAACUAGUGAAUUUGUAGAUAGAUUUAGUGACUUUUUAGACCCCCCUUAGCGACUUUUUCUGGAGUUUGUAGACUCUGACAUGGAAGCAGAUAUUGAUGUUGCUCUUCUUAGCGGGUGGCGGUUAAGCAUCAUACAGACACCCCAAGGAAGACUCCUACUAAAAUUAUCUAAUUUUGAGGAUGGCGUCAUCUGGCGACUUUCCUUACUGGGGAGUUGGCAACAAUGAUUGUGUUGAUAGUUUCUAGCUAACUGACGAUAAAGUAUACCAACCAACCGAGCCAAAUCUGACCCAAUAGGCCAACCAACCAAAACAAGUCCUUCCCAACAGAAGCAAACCCAACCAGACCAACCUCUCCAAUAGAAUAGAAAAGAAGGUUAUGGACCUGCAACCUAACCAAGUAUUAGUCCAACCCUGAGCCUAUCCUGAACCAGUACAAGCAGUACAAGUCCAACUCAGUGAAAACCAGCUGGGAUAAAUUAACCUAAACCAAAUACAACCAAACCAGUCCCAACCCAACUAACCAAACCCAUCAAAACCUUGACCAAGAUCUCAGUCAAAUCCUUCUUAAUCAAACCAAACCAAAACAACAACCACCAAAAUGAAUCAAGUCUUAACAAAUCAAACCAAAAGUGACCAAAAACUGGUCUUACAGAACCUAACCAAACCUAAAAACCAACAUUACCAAGUCAAACUGAACCAAAACCACCCCUGUUCAACCCAACUUGACCAAAUCCUCACACAACUAAACCAACUAAACCAACCCCAACCAACUAACCAAGCCAAUCAAAACCUUGAGCAAGCCUAAUCCAAUGAAAAGAUCCUAAUCAAAACCUUCUUAACCCAACCAAACUGAAACAAUAACCACCAAAAUGGUCUUAAAGAACCUAACCAAACCCAAAAAACCCAAUCAACCCCAACAAAACCAAACCAAAUACAGAGAAACUAACCCAACUAGACCAACCUUUUCAAGCCCAAUUAACCCAACCAAAACCAAUCUUACCAAACCUAAUGUCCCCAACCCAACACAAACCAAACCCAACACAAACCAAACCAAACCCACUUUGCCCAACCUAAGAAAUUCUGACCAAUCUCAACCUUGCCAAACCUAAUCCAACUAAAACCACACCAAAGAUUUUAAAGUAUAAGGAAUAUAAAUCAGCUCUUUUUAAUUACCAAAGUUCUGGUAAUAGUCGAGCUUAAAGGUUCGCCAAAGAAGUGAUUUAUUUCCAGACUCCAUUUUAAUCUUUUUAUGUUUGAAUGCUGCUCCAUCUGAGUUUAGUUAUCACGGACUCUCCGCUCAGUCUAUGACCUCUAAAAUGUUUGAGUAAAGAGAAACUAUAUUUACAAAAAAAUCAUUCAUCUUCUUGAAAUAAAGCCUUCUUCGUCGUUUCACCCUUCUUCGCUUCCUUCACGUGUCGCCUCCUCGCUUCCUCGAGUCUUCCCUUUUCUCAUCUCCUCUCCUGCCUCCUCUGUCCUUUGCCUAAAGACAAGGACUAUUGAUUUUACACACCUUGUUGAAAUUGCGUCAAAUACACACGCGCUCACUCCCUCUAUCUUUAUUUAUCUCUCCAUGCGACACACACACACACACACACACACACACACACACACACACGUGCACACACACACGCACACACAGCGGUGCGGUGUGACAGCCAGCCUGACAAUAGGUGGCUGUCAGAGUGAUUGAUGGCACUGAUUAUGUGUUAAUAAUGAAAUAAACAUUAAAAAACACAUUUAAUAAAGCUCCCCAUUAAUGAGCAAACCACACUAUCUAUCUAUCUAUCUAUCUAUCUAUCUAUCUAUCUAUCUAUCUAUCUAUCUAUCUAUCUAUCUAUCUAUCUAUCUAUCUUAGCUUUAAAUAUAUCUUAAAUGUGAGGUAUUGAGCUGCGUUUAAAUGAAAAUAAACCAUCAGAUCUGUGAUUUUCAGCUUUAAAAUCAAUCAAACGUUAAUCUGUCGUUCAGUUUACAGUCAUUUAAAUCAAGUAUUUGUUAUCAAUAAAGCUAAAGUCCUGCCGUUCCUCAAACCUCUCGCGUUCAGAGGACUCAGCGGGGGGGCCAGUUGACUUUCACAUCAGCAGUUUCAAAAAAAAAAAGAAAAGUUGAAAAGUUUUCAUAGAGGGGAGAGAAAAAGAAAGAAAGUAUUUUGGUAAAAACAGAAAGCAGGACACAACGGCAACCGACGGCAACCAUCAUCAAUCAGAGUUUGAAGACAUCGCUGCUGGCAAAGACGACAGGAACAGAGAGAGAGGGUGGCAUCGGGAUGAAGGGAUGUAAACGCUGAAAGAGAACGAGUUAAAUAUAAAAAACAGGGAGAGAGAGAGAGAGAGAGAGAGAGAUGCUUUAGCCUUUUUUAGUGAGGGUGGCAGAAAAAAAAAGAGGAGGCAGGGAGAUAAUGGGCGAGAGACAGUAGAAGAGAAUAAGAGACACUGAGAAAGAGAGAGAGAGGGAGGGAGUCGUGUUUUUGGCCUCUUUUGCUGUUUAAAAAGAGGAACCAGGACAACGACAUGUCACCUUGAGACCUGCUCUCACGCUCUUGUGUUUUUUUCUGUGCCUCUCACCCUCCCUUUUUUUCUCUCUCUCUUACUGCACAGGAAAACCAGGAUCCAGCAAAAAACCUGCAAGAUUUGUGGCUAACUAAGAAAUCCUCUUCAAGCUUUUCCAUCCGUCCUCUUCCACUAAAUUCAAGCCGGGCCACAACAACACACGAUCCCCCAGAUGUCCCUUUUCUCAGCAACACUUUCCAUAUCCUCAUGGGGGAUUCCAAGGCCAGACGGGAUUCAUAUGAUCCCUCGAGAGCAAUCUGGGACUAACCAGGGUCUCUUCCCGGUUGGACGUGCCUGAAAGACCCCUAAAGGGAGGCAUCUAGGACACAUCCUUCUAGACCCUCUUUGGAGGAAACAUGUCUGCCAAACUCGUGAUCUCCUGAGAUACUUAAACUCCGUCUCUUUGGGUAAGGACUCACCCCCCAACCAGAGGAGACAAGCCAGCUGAAAACCAUGGCCUUGGACUGUUUCUGGUGCCGACCCUUCUCCCAGCCACCCUGCACUUGGUUGCAACCAGCCAACAAAACCACAUCAUCCUCAAAAACCAGAGACGAUAAUCUGAGGCAAAUCUGGACUUUGAGAUCCUGCCCACGGAGAGACAAGGCAACCGUCACAGAGGCCGGCACACACUGGGCCAGGCUGUCUUUGGUCAAGGACUAGAUGGCUCAUAACCCCCACAAGACCCCUCAGGGACAGAAUCCUAGCCUUCUCUGAGUCCACAAAACACAUACACCCUGGAUGGGCAAGGGUAAAGCUUGGUCCACUAUCCUGGAACCAGGACAUGAUCCACAAGUUUUGACACUCAGUUGGGGUCUUCCUCUAAGCACCUUGGACUAAACUUUUUCUGGGAGGAUGGGAGUGAUACCCUGAUAGUCACAGGACGCCCUCCAGACCCUCUUCUUAAAAUAGGGACUGCCACCCUGGUCUGCAAUUCCACAGGCAGUGUCCCAGACCUCUGUGGGACAUUGAGGAUAGGGGGUCAAAACACAAAAAAAAACAUUUCAAACAGCUGAUCUCUGCGGAUCUGUAAAGUUCAGAGAAGUUGUGUUUCCCUCAAAACUAAGUCUAGAUCCAGAAUCUUCUCUUCCACAUUCAUAUGAAUAAUUAAACCCGAUAUCUGACACUUCAUCCAAAUGCCACUGUUCACUAAAUUCUCUCUUUGCCUCUCCAUCCCUCUAUCUCCCUCUUUCUUGUCUCCUUGUCUCCAUCCCUCACUCAUCUCUCUCUCUCUCGCUUCCUCCCUCUCCCCCGUCCUCCUCUAAAGUCUGUUCUUUCUGGAUGAGCAGGUUUUAUGAGUGGAGUGAUAAAGAGAAGGGGGGAUGAAGGGCAGAGAGGGAAGGAGAGGUGGAGGACAGAGGGGGACGCAGGGAGGGAAAAAAGGAGGGAGACGAGGACAGAAGGAAAGGGGAGCAGGAGGGAGCUCGGCCUUUAUUACGGCGGAGUGGAUAUCACCCAGAACAUUUUUCAUUGGCAUAAAACGUCUGUUCUUUUCGGUCCCAAGGUUCGGCAGUGAUGAAAGCUCCUUCAGGUUGAUUUGAAUACACAAUAAAACAAAAACUAAAGAGUUCUGGUUCCCAAUCCAAGAAGAUUUAGAGUCUUACUGGUACUGGCUGAUUAUGUAUCAGGGUUCGGUUUAGGUGCCAAUGGUGGAAUCAGCAAAGACUUUCUUUUUCAGUGCUUAAAUGGUGUCUUUGGACAAACAAAAGUAAUACACAAGAAGAAACAUUUUUGGGUUAUUUUAUAAAGUUGAAGUGAGCUAGCAUGAAACCUCCAUUUAGCUUAAAACUGAGACCUUCCGGAAACUGAUGAAGGGGCGCCCAACCAAGAAAUUAUAGGUUUUCUUAGCAGAUGCACAUGAAGGGGUGAUUUCUUGUGAUUUAAACAGUCACCUCUCUCCGAAAUGGAGGUCUUGGAAAGAAGUUGUUGCUCACAAACUUCUCGCUGUACUAGAAUACUUGAAUCCCAGUAUACAGUAUAUCAUCACCAUGUGAUCGUCAGUGGGCUCUAACCCGCAGUUUCCACCGCAUCUGGAAUGGCCGUAUCCGUUUAUCGUAGCUGAUCGUAACCAUUCAAGUUGACGUGUCAAUUUCAACUGGCUUCUUUCCAUUCCGCUGUUGAUCGCAGGACUCCACCGCUGAUCACAAGAGUUCUAUUAUUUUCCGGACGCCGGAGCAUGCCGGAUAAAUUCAGCACAGAUUUACCCGUGCUGGAAAGGAAGUCGGGCACAGACACAAAAUAAAACAUCCGGCUCCUUUUCAAAAUAAAACACUCUGUGUGUCAGGUGACACCAUGGAUGAGGAGAUGCUGAUUCUAGAAGUCUAGAAGUAGAUUUCCUUCUCUGGAAGGACACAAUCUACUGCUUAUAUGGUUAACCUACGUGGCUAAAGACAACUUGUUAUCACGCAAUUGCACAUGAAUCCGCGGGUUCUUGUGUGUUCUCGCGAUUCCUGCUGUCCGUAAUCCGCCACAAAAUUCCCCUCAUAAACGAAUCUGGUAGGAAUUAGCAGAUGGCGAAAUUCGCCAAAAUUCGAAUUUUGAUAAAACUUUCAUAGACACUCAAACUUCUAACAACUUAACAAAGUACGAGAUGCCACUACCAAUCAACAGGCCAGUAAAAUACUUGAUUCUGAUUGGUCAAAACCCUGCGUUGAGAGGAGUCAGAUGAGGUGGCCUCGUUGGUGAGAUGUUGAGGGACGUCCCACUGGUAGGAGACCACAGGGAGGACCCAAACCUCCGUGAAGAGCUGGACAUCGAACAUCUGGAACAUCUGAACCCAACUCAAGAUCAGCGGUUGGAGUGGAUGGAUGGAUGGGAAGGAAGAGCAACACUAACAGAUCACAUGUGUUAUACCAAAUAG